CAACAGCUCGACGCCGCCGUUGCCAUUGCCCCCUCCGCCUCAGUUCAUCGACGAGGAGGAGGAGGAGGCGUUUUCUGUCCUGAAACCGGCCAGCAGCUGCCGGUCGGUCUGGCACCAGUUCGGAUUUGGUUGUCCUUUGCUGAAUCCCUUCGACCGUUCGGUUCACUCGCCGUCGGCCAAUCUCUUCGAGCCUUCCAACCUCGGCCAACCCAGCUCUGCCCAACGCCCCGAGGCCGGUGGCAACACAAGUCUGUCCGAGUCGCCGAGGGCAACAAACGACCGGUUCACGGCUCGCCUCGUGCACGCAGCAGCACCCAUCCUCUCGGUGCAUCUGCCCUAUCGGUCACGCUCUCUGGCCAUCAACACCGAGUCGCCGCGGCGGGGCGGGCGUCGAACCCGCUCGUCUGUCUCACCGACCGUCCGGAGUCGUGCCCUCCGCCGAGCCCAGUACAGCAGCACCGCCUACGCCUCGGUCAACUCGACCGCGCCGAGCGACCAGACCUCCGACUCCGAGGCCUACGAACCGGCCGACUCGAGCCCUCUGUCGUCGGGCAACAUGGCCACGCCCGGUCACCAGGUCUGUCGUCAGCCGAGACCGGCGCCGCUGGCGACCGGCAAGAGCAGAUCGCCCACCGCCCGGCUCGACUUUGUCUCGCGCUACGUCGCCGACAGAUGCUGGCCCGACGGCGUGUAUGUGCGCACCGGCGAGGUCUACCAACGCCUUGACGACUGGCAGACCCGCGGACCCAUCGGCCACUGGGUGACCACCUACAUUCCCAGCCCCCUGCUGCACGCCGACCGCCGGGCCGGACUCGAGCCCAGCUCCGCUCAGACACGAGCCGGCCGUCCGGCCCUGCCUCUGCCGCCGGUACCACUCGGCGACUUUUACCCCACCCCUCCGGUCUCGCGGUGUCAUGACCUCGUCGAGUGCAUCUGCCGCCAAGAGGCCACUUGGCCGCCCUACCGGACACAGACGCUGACGCGCUCCAGUAGCGGUCGUCUCAGUCCCUAUCUUUUCGCCGUCGGCCCGUCGAGUCCCAACGAGCGAACUCGGGCACGAGUCCCGUCGUCGCCGUCUUCGUUCGGACUG